CUUAUAGAGAGCGCUUGAAAAAUCGGAAGGCAAACGUUGUUAAAGGAAGGGAAAAAUACAGAAAUGGCAAAUUUGUCGACUAAACAUAAUGCAAACUUUACAAACAACAACGUUUUACCCCUUCCAGAAAUUUGAUUCCUUGGUUUAUAAACAGAUGUAACAUUUAUUCUUAUUAAUUCUAUUUAAAACAUCUUCUAAUAGAGUUACAGCAACUACAAAUCAAGUAUUCAUUACCGUUUUCUAUAAACAAAAGUGCCGACAAUUCAUAAUAAAAGCAAAACGACUGAAAAAUCUGAAAAUCAAGUUUUCAUUAGGAAAAACCAAAGUACUACUCUCUUUUUUUUUAAAUUAGAAAUGUAUAAACUUUCUGUUGGAUUAUAAUCUAAUAAUUGUUGUGACGCCAUUUUCGAUUUUCGACAUCGAAUGCCAACUCCCACACAGACGUACACACACACUCCCACGCAUGCACACACACAACAACAAAGAGAGCUCUUUUAUGGAGACAAGAAAAUUUUCAAAUUUUCUAGCACUCUCGUACCACUGUGUCUGGGCGACGACCAGCUGUUCUCGGUCAUUUUAGGUGUAUACUUUUUGUUUUCAUUCUGAUUAAAGAAAUAUUUCCACGAGUCGAGUCACAGUCAGUCGUUGGUUGUGCGUUGUUACUAAAAAAGAGAGAGGAAGAAGCGAAGAAAAAACAGUUGCAAUUGGAAAAAAGGAAAAUUGACACUAUUUAAAGUGAAGAAAACCAAUCCUCAUUAAACAAAAAUCAUAGACAUAAAGUGUGGGACGGAAAAUUACAAGUGUGGAAACGGCAAGAAAAGUGCGAAAUGUAUACAAAGUUGGAGCAGCAAUUGCAGUUUAUCCUGAACAAAAGUUACGGCAGCCAGAGUAUCAUUGACGGCCUGUAGAGUGCCGUGGAUUGGUGGAGGUGGGAGGAUUGGAUUGGUCUCAAAGUUGGUACAUUGUGAAAAGAGGUGGGCGACGAUUGACGAGAGCGAGAGAGAGUGAGAAAGAGAGUGGAAAUUUAAGAUAUUAGAGAACUUCAUUACAACUUGCAACGAUGAGCCUAACUCGACAUGUCAACAGUCUGAAUCUGGAUCUGGCAUUGAGGAAUCGGGAAAAUGAUCACCUGGUGGGUAAUCUAGAGGCUGCCAUCUUCAGGAAACGUCUCCAUGCCGCCGAGAAUCUCUAUCAAAGGGAUCUUGCUGGACAUUAUGGUUGUGUGAAUGCCCUGGAGUUUAGUCACGGUGGACAGUAUCUGGCAUCGGGUGGCGAUGAUAAACGGGUGCUGCUGUGGAAUGUCGAUCAGGAGACCACAGCCUUGGGCAAGAUGGGCAAUCCCCGUUCAAUGUAUGGAGAACAUACCAGCAAUAUAUUUUGCUUGGGUUUCGAUAUACUCAACUCGUAUGUAUUCUCUGGUGGAAACGAUGAGAUGGUCAUUCAACAUGAUCUGGCCACCGGAAAGAAUCUCAAUUACUUUGCUCAUGGCGGACCCGUCUAUGGCCUAAGCGUUGAUCGCACUAGUCCCCAUUUGUUCAGUGUGGCCACAGAGAAUGGUGAGGUUCUUGUCUAUGAUCUUCGUACCAGUAAAUCCGAUCCAUUGACGGUGGCCAAGUUCAGUUCGCCCUUCAAUGCCGUUGAGUUUCAUCCGUUGAAUGGUAAUAAUUUGGCCACAGCCAAUACCAAACGUGGAGCAAUGCUCUGGGACUUGCGUCAGCCUACACAGGCUCUUUACCAGUAUAAAUAUAUACCGGAAUCACCCAGUUGCAUGAGUGUGCGUUUCAAUUGCAAUGGAACUUUGUUGCUUACAUUACAUCGACGACUGCCACCGAUUCUGUUCAAGCCCAAUUGCCCCGAGCCCUUGGCUGCGUUCUAUCAUGAGGAAUACUUCAAUUCCUGCACCAUGAAGAGUUGCACUUUUGCUGGUCCUCAGGAUGAGCUAGUGAUAUCCGGCUCGGACAAUUUCAAUAUGUUCAUUUGGCGAAUGGAUGAAGUGAAAUUGGACGAGAGGAAUCAAUUGAUUACCACGCCACCUGUCAUCCUGACUGGCCAUCGUUCGAUUGUUAAUCAGGUGCGCUACAAUCGUCAGCGUUGUCUGAUCGCCUCGUCGGGGGUUGAGAAGAUUAUCAAGUUGUGGAGCCCGUUCGCUCAACGAGGCUGGCAGGGCGAUUUAUUGCAGCCGUCGCGGGAGACAUUUUGCACCCGAACAUUACAUCGUGAUGCUGCCGAUCAAGUGUCCCAGGACUUUACCAGUCGUAAUACAGAUGAAGAUCAGGUCAUGUUGGCCUUCUUUGAUACCUUGGUGCAACGUGAAUUGGAGACUUGGAACACUACAGGCAAUAAUACGAGCAGCGACACCAGUUCCGACACUUCCACCGAACGUAGUCGGGCCACUUCAGUGUCGGAAGUCACAAGUGAUGGUGAUGCUGAUGGCGACAAUGAUGCUGAAGGUGAUGGCGAGGGUGAGGGUGAUGGUGAGGAUGAGGGUGACGGUGAUGGAGACGAUGACAUCGAUACACCCAAUGUCAGCGAAUUGAGUUUGCAGACCCAUCCGAAUCGCAUUUUCUAUUUGAUAGCCAAAAAGGGUCGAGCUCUACUGCAAAUGGCUGUUAAAGCUGCCGGCGGAAAGCAACAGGAGGAGCUGCUUGCCCGUCUGCUGGACGAGCAACGUCAAGUAGCCACCGAGGCACGCAUUAGCGAUUGGCUGGAUGAAACGCAUCAACUAUUCGGAGAUGAUCAAUUACCCACCACUUCGGCAGACGCAGCUGCCCGAGAGCAAAGACGUCGCGUGUCCGACUUACCGCAGACACGUCCUCUACGUAAGAUUAGAAUGGUUGGUCCGCUGCCGGCCAGCUUCGUCCAAUUGGAAAGAAAACGCAAACUGAUGCGUCUCCGUGUAGCGGCGGCCAUGAAAAGGAGACGUCGUUCCCUCCGCCCUUUACGUGAGUCGAGCGAUCAGGGUAAUAAUGAAAGUGCAGUUUCCUCUGAUUCCGACUGGCAAGAGGACGAUGAUAAUGAUGAUGAUGACGAUGAUGAUGAUGGCGAUGAUGAUGUUAGUAAUGCUAGCAAUGCCAGUGGUACAGCUACCGCCAAUGGCAGUGCAAAUGCCAAUUCAAAUGAUAAUAAUAUCAAUCCUAAUGGCAAUAUCAAUAACGAGGAUACUAACACCACAUCAUCCACCACAUCCAUGACCUCUAUGGAAGCUCAACUCUCUCAAGCGCCAAGCACUUCGGAUUCAUUUCCCAUGUUCGAGGCCAAUAACAACAAUAGUCAAAUGACUUCACACAACAACAAUAACAAUAACCAUAAGAUUAUUAUCAAUGGCUUACCAGCAGGGGCAGAAAUUCAUCAUCAUGCUGAAUCCUCGACAUCAUCCACCACAUCCACAGCUUCCUCCAGCCAAGCUACCAAUUAGGAAAUAGAUCGUAGAUAUCACACUCUUUACUAGAUGUUUUUUUUUUUCUUUAGACAAGAAACUUGGCUACACAUACAUAGAUGAUGUUGGAUGUUAUUUGUGAUUUGAAACGUAAAAAUACUACAAUAUAUGCGUAUAUAAAAUUA